AUGUCGACGCCAUACUCUGAGCCUGCACAGAACAUCGGCUACUACCCGCCGCUUCCCUCACGAGCACAGUCGCAGUCACAGCCGCAAUCGCAAGCCCAGGCGCCGACGCAGCCCGCGCAGGACGCAAGCACAUCCGCGCAGCCACCAUCGCGUCAGGCGACAGAGGAAGCGCGGAAGGACAGGACGUUGGCGGAAUUCCUGCUGAUGUUAGAUGAAUAUGAGCCCCUGAUCCCCAGCGAAGUCACGGAUUACUACCUUCAGAGGGUCGGGUUCGACUGCGAGGAUGUGCGACUGAAACGACUCCUGUCGUUGGCCGCGCAGAAAUUCGUCUCUGACAUUGCGGCAGAUGCAUACCAACAUGCACGGAUACGUGCCAAUGCCGCAGGUGGCCGUGCAAGAGCGAGCCAGUCGGGUCCUGCCGCUGCUAGGGACAAGACGAAGACAACUCUCGUAAUGGAAGACCUCAGCGCCGCCCUUACGGAGUACGGUAUCACCUCGCGGAAACCCGAGUUCUACAUGUGA